UCGACGCCGGCGCGGCCGCGAGAGCAGCCAGAUAUAUUCAUUCCGCGUGUAUACGACGAGGAAAACGAGAGCGAGAGAGAGAGAGAGAGAGAGAGAGAGAGAGAGAGAGAGAGAGGGAGUGUGCGGUGUGCGCAUUUCGUUGUUGCGCCUCGACGUGAGGGCCCCUGAGGCGCUGAGGAUUGUUGUAUACGCAUCGACCGGACUGCUGCAGCCGAGCGCCUUUUCUCGGGGAUGAGGAUAGCGGACUUGCUGCUCGUGAGAGCUGUGUAGUCGUCGGCGUUGUUGCAGCAGUUUACGCAAGUGCGAUACCGCGACUAUGAGGAGGAGAGACGAGGGUGGCUCGGCUCGCCGGCGACGGCCGUCGGCGAUUGGAAGGCAUUUGUACUGACACAUCGCUGUAUACGCGGAUUCUCGUGCUGGACUGUAUACCGGCGGUUGGAAGAAGUUUGCCGUCGCUCGACACUCGCAUAUAGCUGGCUGAGGAACCGAUCUUUCGAAGGGAGGUCGUAGGGCUCGCUGCAAUUUGUCAGCAUUGACGCUAUGCAACCGUUCCCGUCGAGCCAGACGAUGGCGACGGAGACCCCGACGAGUCUGCCCCCGGACAGGGUGACCUCGGCCGCGUCCACGGCGCGCAACCUCACCUUCUCCAUCGCCAAGAUCAUGGAGCCGGACAAGCGCCUCACCGAGUCCAGCAGCCAGCCACAGUCGUCCGCCUCGACCAGCAACGGCGCCACCAGCCCCUCUUCGUCGCCCUCCACGCCGACGACGACGAUCCUCCAGCAGCAGCAGCAGAGCCUCUCGCUGAGCUACUCGGCGCACCUCGAGUCCGCCUUCAAGAAGUACGUGCCCACCUUCAGGCACCACCACAACCUCCUGCAGUACUACCCGCUGCUGCACUACCACUCGAACCCCCUGCUGAGGUCCUUCCCGGCGCCGCCGCCCGCGAGCGCCGGCUCCGCGUCGACGCCCGCCACGGCCCAGCAGAGCAGGAGCAUCUCGCCGGUCCCCAGCCACCAGGAGUCGUCGAGGGUGUCGCUCUCGUCGAGCUCGCCGGAGGAGCCGAGUGCCCGGGAGAAGAAGCGCGAGCCGUCCUCCGGGGCCGGCGGCAACCCCAGCGGCAACCCCUCCACCACCGCCGGCAAGCAGAAGAGCUUCGUCUGCUCCGAGUGCGGCAAGGUGUUCAACGCGCACUACAACCUGACGAGACACAUGCCCGUGCACACGGGCGCCAGGCCGUUCGUCUGCAAGAUCUGCGGCAAGGGAUUCCGACAGGCCAGCACACUCUGCAGGCACAAGAUCAUCCACACGGCGGAGAAGCCGCACAAGUGCCAGACCUGCGGCAAGGCCUUCAACCGCAGCUCGACCCUCAACACCCACACGCGCAUCCACGCGAACUUCAAGCCGUUCGUCUGCGAGUUCUGCGGCAAGGGCUUCCACCAGAAGGGCAACUACAAGAACCACAAGCUCACCCACAGCGGCGAGAAGGCCUACAAGUGCAACAUCUGCAAUAAGGCCUUCCACCAGAUCUACAACCUCACCUUCCACAUGCACACGCACAACGACAAGAAGCCCUUCAGCUGCAAGAUCUGCGGCAAGGGCUUCUGCCGGAACUUCGACCUGAAGAAGCACAUGCGCAAGCUCCACGACACCGGCUCGCCCAUACCCGGCCUGGGCGGCGGCGGCGGCCUCUCGAGCAGCUCCGGCCAGUCCCAGCAGUCCCACCAGUCGGGCUACUCGCCCGUCCACCAUCCGACGGGCCACGCGUUCGUCAGCCCGUUCCUCCUGCCGCCACCCGGCUCCAACGGCUACCUCAGCAAGAUCUUGUGACAGGAGAACGUGCACGGGUUCGCGAGGCGAAACCUCGGCCUGGCGCCGCCCUGCGUCGACUACCCCGCCAAUCUGGCCGCCCUCGUGCAAUCCUCCAAGUGAGAGCUGUCGACAUCGCUUUGGCGCAACCAACUACCUCAUCUCUUCCGGACUGCAGCUCUCUGCAGUCUCGCGCUCGGCGAGAACCGAGAAGACUGUAGAGUUGCUGUUGCAUCGAACUGCGAUCCCAGUUCGAUGUAGUGAGUCUAUAUAGACAGCUCGUACCGAUCGGCGAGGGACGGCCACACACUGUGUUAAAUAAAUCCUAGGCUUGUAAAUACCUGUAAAUAGACGUAGACUCAUAGACAGCUAUACAUUAUAUAUAUAUAUAUAUAUAUAUAUAUAUAUAUAUAUAUAUAUCGAUGCGAAUCAAAGGUAUGGUCGAACUAGGAUUACGUUGUAAGCGCGACUCUUGUAUAAAUUCCGCGGAUUAUAUAGUGUAACUUCAGCAUCGAUAAUGCAGCUCCGCGACGUGUGUAUUAUGAAAUUAUCGAAAUGUGCAUUAAUAUACUUACUUCGUUACACUGUAGAUAGUAGGAUCGAUUAUAUAUACUUCGUCUUCUGUAUACGACGCUGCAUUGACGACGUUUUUUCUUAUAUACAUUGUUAACAGAACUUCAAACCCUUCGCUGAUUAAGAACUCUGUAAUUGUAAACAAAAUGAAUUACCGAUGCAGUCAUGCCAAAGCUUUACGCGAUUGGCUUCUUCUCUACGAAUAUAAUAUGCAGGCACCCGUAUCAUCCAGGAAAAAAAGAAACUCAAGACACCACAGUACUUUGUAAGAGAAACUUGUAUAAAUCGGUGUGAUAGUAGCUUUAAGCGAGCGUAGGUAGCUAAAUGAUAAACGAUCGGAUGAAGAACGUCGCGGCUAUGAUUAUUAGUAUAAUUAUAUGAUUACAGUGUGUAUAAAGAGACGAUUAAUUAGGAGAACACGUCCGAUGCAAUAUCGCGAAGAUCGUCGCUCUUAUAUAGCUCCGAGAUCGGAAUUAUCGUAUGUACGAAUAAAACUCGAAAGUGAGCCCUUAUCAGAAUCCAUCUACUCUAUAAGAAUUGUCUAAACGCUGAUGAAAUAUACAGUUCAGUCGAAUAAUCGACGACGCCCACUCUCACCCAGACACAAGAUCAUCACAUUAUGCAAGAUAAACGAAAAAUAAUAAUAAAACAAUAACACGAUAAAGUAUAAUGAAUGUAGAUAAUCUCGAUGUAGAGUAGAGAAAAACAAACGAUUACGCGUAUUAUGUAUAUGUGUCUCCCCACUGUAAAUAAAUAAGUCAGUCCAAUGCAAUAAACUCAUAAGCACGUAAAACUUA